GACCUUAUGAAUCUGGUAGAAAAAAAUAUAAUGGUCAAGUUAAUGAUAUAUAUGAAAUAUAUCAGGAAUUUAAAACUGGUAAAAAUUUAUCGGAUUUGAUAAGAGAAGAAGCAAAUCUUGUAUCCAUUUCUCAAAAUUUUAAAGUGAACAAAAAAGAAUUAUUACAACAAUUUAAUUGUCGUGAUUUAGAUUAUUAUCUGUCAUCAUUCAUUCUUCAAUAUCAGAAUGAAAACAAAUAUAAACGUAUUAUUGAUGAAGAUCAUUAUAUUAUCAUGUUUGAAAAGAAAACAAGAGAAUUAAAAAACAUAUUCAAAUAUGAUAUUCUUCAUGAAUAUUUUAAAGAACAUAAAUUAGAACAAGAAUUUAGAGAUUUAAAACAUGAAUUAUUGAGAAAAACAAUAAACCUUAAAAUGAAAUCAAAACAACAUAAAAAUGGAGAAGCAUCAAAAUGGACACAAUUACACCCUCCAAUUGAAGAUAUUAAAGAUGAAAUUUCAAUCACUAAUAGACGUUUAAAAUUUGCAAAAACUCUUGAAUAUAUGAAAGAAUAUGGAAUAGAUAAUGUCAGAGGUGGACCACAUUACGAACUUGUACUUAAUUCUGAAAUAAUAAAUAUAAUUAAAAGACGAAUGGAUGAUACAUGUUUCAAAUGA